CACAUUUCCCUAGCCCCUGCGCCUCCACACACCCACCCGGCAGGGAGACCCCCUCGGCGGCGGAGAAGAUGGUUUCGCUCAAGCUGCAGAAGCGCCUCGCCGCCAGCGUUCUCAAGUGCGGCAAGGGCAAGGUCUGGCUCGACCCGAAUGAAGUCAGCGAGAUCUCCAUGGCCAACUCACGCCAGAAUAUCCGCAAGUUGGUUAAGGAUGGUUUUAUCAUCAAGAAGCCUCAGAAGAUCCACUCCAGGUCCCGUGCAAGGAGGGCGCAUGAGGCCAAGCAGAAGGGACGUCAUUCUGGAUAUGGUAAGCGCAGGGGUACCAGGGAGGCUAGGCUCCCCACCAAGAUUCUGUGGAUGAGGAGGAUGAGGGUUCUGAGGCGCCUGCUGCGCAAGUACCGUGAAGCCAAGAAGAUCGACAAGCACAUGUACCAUGACAUGUACAUGAAGGUCAAGGGUAACAUGUUCAAGAACAAGAGGGUGCUCAUGGAGAGUAUCCACAAGUCCAAGGCUGAGAAGGCCAGAGAGAAGACACUCUCUGAUCAGUUUGAGGCCAAGCGCGCCAAGAGCAAGGCAAGCCGUGAGAGGAAGAUUGCCAGGAGGGAGGAGAGGUUGGCCCAGGGCCCGAGGGAACCUGCAGCACCAGCUGCGGCUCCAGCUCCAGCUGCAGUGGCGCCAAAGAAGGCGAAGAAGUGAAGAGUUGAUCUGAAGCUUUAGCUUUCUGGUACCAGGAGUAGCCUAAUUUUGGAGCGCCUCUAAACUGUUUUGCUGUUAUUAUAUGUCCAAGCUGUCAUGCCUUGAUAUCUCUGAAUAUCAUAUCUUGUUUAUGUUGGGUUGGAUAAUGUAGUAGACUUGUUUAUGCAGAGUUUUCUUUGCUACAGAUCUAAGAAAAUCCCGUUGUGCUCUAUGAAACGUACUUGUAGUUCUUUAUAUGGGUUAUCCUCAAUAGUUGUGAAAUAGGCUGUGAUAUGUCCAAGACUAA